AUGGGGGGACCCUGUUUUGGCAGAGUAGCGCUCAAAACGCACCCUGAUUGGCAAGGCAAACAAGGUCUCUCCGCCUCAGGUUUAGUAGAUCUUUUGUUCUUCCGCUUGAUUUCCGCCGUCGGAUCUGGCAACACUGCUCGCCGCCGAUUAGAUUCCGCCGCCAACACUCCCCGUCUCGCCGCUCCGCUGCCAACGACGUUUCUGCUCAUCAUGGCGCCCCACUCUUCUGCGCGCUCGUCUUCUCACCCCCUUGCCGUCCUCCCCCUCGCGCUCUUCCUCGUCCUCGCCUGCACCCUCCAGUGCGCCUCCGCGCAGCCCGUCGCCAGCUCUCAGCUGACCGCGCUCACCGCGAUAGCGGCGGCGUGGGGGCGCAACCUGACGGCGCUGAACCAGACGUGGGUGGCGGGGAAGGAGUGCAGCACGUGGUUCGGCCUCUCGUGCAACGCCAUGGGCCAGGUCACCAGCUUGGUGAUCACGGGGCAGCGCAGUCUGGGUGGGCAAUCCAUCCCCGCGGCCGUCACCCAGCUGCAGGCGCUGCAGACACUCGCGUUGGAUCACAAUCUUCUCACGGGGCCCAUCCCCGACGACAUCUCCUUCCUCACCGCCCUCACCAACGUGUCGCUGAGCGGCAAUCAGCACAACGGCUCCAUCCCCAUGGGCAUCAGUCGCCUCGUCAACCUCCGAUUCCUGGAUCUCACGGCCAAUGCGCUCACGGGUUCAGUGCCAGACGCCUUCACUGCCAUGCCCAGCCUCGCAACCUUGUACGCGCUCGCCCUCGCCUUCCCUUCCUCCGCGCCUUCCCUUCCUCCGCGCCUUAGUGGAUUGGAUUCUCGAAAGCCUUCCCCUCCCCCGCGCCUCCCCCCUCUCUUGAGCGGUGGCACUCAACUCACUCAAUGGCUCGCUGCCCAACUCCCUCUUCUCGCUCUCCAACCUGCAGCUCCUCAUGCUGGGCCGCAACCAGCUGACAGGCGUGCUGCCGGCGACUAUGAGCGGGCUCAAGGCGCUCAAAGCACUGUGCGUUCCGCUCCGCCCUGCGCCCUCUCUCUUCUUGCCUCUCUCUUCUUGCCUCUCUCUUCUCGCCUCUCUCUUCUCGCCUCUCUCUUCUCGCCUCUCUCUUCUCGCCUCUCUCUUCUCGCCUCUCUCUUCUCGCCUCUCUCUUCUCGCCUCUCUCUUCUCGCCUCUCUCUUCUCGCCUCUCUCUUCUCGCCUCUCUCUUCUCGCCUCUCUCUUCUCGCCUCUCUCUUCUCGCCUCUCUCUUCUCGCCUCUCUCUUCUCGCCUCUCUCUUCUCGCCUCUCUCUUCUCGCCUCUCUCUUCUCGCCUCUCUCUUCUCGCCUCUCUCUUCUCGCCUCUCUCUUCUCGCCUCUCUCUUCUCGCCUCUCUCUUCUCGCCUCUCUCUUCUCGCCUCUCUCUUCUCGCCUCUCUCUUCUCGCCUCUCUCUUCUCGCCUCUCUCUUCUCGCCUCUCUCUUCUCGCCUCUCUCUUCUCGCCUCUCUCUUCUCGCCUCUCUCUUCUCGCCUCUCUCUUCUCGCCUCUCUCUUCUCGCCUCUCUCUUCUCGCCUCUCUCUUCUCGCCUCUCUCUUCUCGCCUCUCUCUUCUCGCCUCUCUCUUCUCGCCUCUCUCUUCUCGCCUCUCUCUUCUCGCCUCUCUCUUCUCGCCUCUCUCUUCUCGCCUCUCGCCUCUCGCCUCUCGCCUCUCGCCUCUCGCCUCUCUCUUCUCGCCUCUCUCUUCUCGCCUCUCGCCUCUAGACUCUCGCCUGGGGCGCAUGGGGGACCUGAGCAACAACCGUUUCUACGGUGCCAUGCCUGCAGCACUCGCCACUCUCUCCAACCUCGUUCACCUCGACCUAAGCCGCAACGCCUUCACAGGAACGCCGCUAAGCUCCUUCUCCUCCCAGUCCCUCGCAUCCUCCUCGCAAGCCGUCUACGACAUAAGCUCCAACUACUUCACAACCCUCCCCUCCUCCUUCUCCGCCAUGUCCUCCCCCUUCUGCCCCUCCGACCUCUCUGGCGGCUUCUCUUCCGCCAAUCUCCUGCCCUUCGGCGCUACAGCCACCAGCAGCCUGCGGGAUAACUGCUUCCUGGCCGGCGACUGGAACUACUCCCAAAGCUACGUCCACCGCGGCAAGGGCUGGGGCCGCGGGGGCAGCAACGGCGACAGCGGCAGCGGUGGUAGCAGCAGUGGGGGAUGCGAGACGGAGGAUCAGAAGCGGCCGGUGGAGUGUGUGUCGUUCUGUGGUGCUGCUCUGGCAGCGGGGCCGUGCGGGGGGCUGGGGAUGUGCGUGCUGGAUGGUGACUCGUAUGUGCCGGCGUGUGUGUGCAACAAUGGCAUGUACAACGUCAUUCUCUCUGUUACCGUUGGCUCUUCCACUGUCACCUACCCCUCCUGCUCGCCCAACCCCGGCACGCCCCCUCCUCCCACACCGCCGCCCAUUGACAGCACGGAGCGCCACAAGAGAGGGUACCGCGGGGUGGUUUUCACGGGCACAACACCCGCGCUGCCAUCGGGCACGUAUUCCAACAAGUACUUCCGGCACCUGUCCAAGGGCUUCACAGGCAACUACUCCUCGCCCACCUGGAACUUCACCAACGCUGUGGACUGGCGCGCUGUGCUGCCCUCCCCGCUGCUGCCCGCCAAGGACCAAGGCUUCUGCUCGUCCUGCUGGGCGUUCGCGCCAGUGGCAGCGACAGAGGCCCUAAACGCGAUAACGUACGGGGCAGCGGCGCCCAACGUCUCUCAAAAGUUUCCCUUUUCCCCCCUCCCCCCCUCCGCAGCAUCGUGCUGGGCGUUCGCGCCAGUGGCGGCAACAGAGGCGCUGUACGCGAUAACAUACGGGGCAGCGGCGCCCAACGUGUCGGAGCAGCGCGUGGUGGACUGCCAGGGCCAGUGGAGCUGCGCGGGCGGCUACCCCGCCCACGCCUUCAACUACAUUGCUUCUAGCGGCGGCCUGCCUCUCGCCGUCAACUACCCGUAUACCGGCAUCUUCUCCCCCUCGUCCUGCCGGACCGUGUCUCGCCGCUCCACCAAGCGCAACGUGCGCUUCCUCCUCAGCCUCGACAACCCGCUGCUGCCCACGCAGCCGCACGUGCAGGCACAGGCGCAGGCGCAGGCGGAGCCAGCCCCAGCGCGGCGACUAUCCACAGCAGCGCAGCCAGCAGCAGCAGCGCAUCGCAGAUCCACGCGCGGGGUGGUGGUGACACGGGCGCGCUUCUCGGAGGCGCAGAUGGCGACGGGGCCGUUCAGCAUUGCGUCGUACGAGCAGGUGUCCGUGCCCGGGUGGAUGGGCAUGGCUCUCGCCGUGCAGCAGCAGCCCGUGGUGGCGUACGUGGAGGCGGACCAGGAGUCAUUCAUCUCCUACCCCGGGGGUUUCACGUACAACGACCCGGCGUGUUUCGCCAACCAGGUGGUGAACCAUGCGGUCGUCAUUGUGGGCUAUGACCUGCUGGCCGCGCCGCCGCUGUGGCUCGUGCGCAACUCGUGGGGCGCGGGCUGGGGCGACCAGGGCUACAUGCAGCUCGCCAUUGCAGGCGGGAGCGGUGUGUGUGGCGUCAACACAAUGCCCGCCAUCUACCCUACCAUUCUCGGCCCAGACCCGUGCGGGCCCAUCAACCCGUGCGGCGGCGGCACGUGCAAGGCGACGGUGGGGGCUGCCAGCAAGAAGCAGGUGAACACGUGCACGUGCCCCAACAACUUCAUCCCCGUCACCAACAUCGACAAGACUCAGACCUGCGCCCCUGCCAAGGUGUGUGCGUUCUACGCGAUGAACCCGUGUGGGUUUGGCACGUGUGUGGACAACAACGCGGGCGGGUACUGGUGCCUGUGCUCCACGGGCUUUACGCAGGGCAUGCGCACCGACGCCACUGUCACCUGCGUCCCUGCCACCAAGGCGAGCAACACGGUGUCACUGCCCACGGCCAUGACGUGCGACCAAGUGCGCUCCACCUACUCGCUCUCCAUGUCCGCCUUCCGCCUCCUCAACCCCAAGCUCAAGUGUCCGGGAGUGUACAAGGCGGGCACGACCAUCACAGUGCGCCCUGCCAGCAGCAACGCCUCCCCCAGCUCCAUCACCGGCUGCACCGUGCCGCUCACCAUCUCCCAGGGCGACACGUGUGAGUGGGUGCUGAGCAUGUUUGGGAUCACAGCAGCGGACCUGGCAGCACUGAACCCAGACCUCGACUGCACGCAGCUCGUGCCCGGCCAGCAGCUGUGCAUGGAUCAGGGCACACCGCUGCCGCUGUCCUGCACAAGCUACUACACGGUCAACCCGGGGGAGACAUGCAACGACGUGAUGGUCAAGGCGCAACCGCCGCUCACAGCGCUGCAGCUCUACUCCUACAACCCCGGAAUCAUCUGCUCCGCUGACUCCUCCCAGCGCCUUGUCGGUCAGCAGCUCUGCGUGGGCAGCCUACCACUCAUAGGAGCAAGCUGUUACUAUGGCACAUACACAGUGGUCCGCGGAGACACGUGUGCCACGGUGGUGUGCAAGAUAUUCAAGUGCUCCUACACCCUCAUGUACACAUACAAUGUGGGCUUCAAAUGCUCUACCAGCACGCUUUGGGUGGGCAGAGUACUCUGCAAGCCCAAACCGUAG